AUGGAAGUCCUUAAAAUGGUAUUUGAGGAGCUGGGGAUGUCCCAGUAUUUACCAGGGUUCAUUGGCAAUGGAUUCGAAACAUGGGAGGACGUUUUGGAAAUCACUGAAAUUGAUCUAGAUUGCAGCAACGAGUUGCAAAAGAAAGAAAUGCCCUCUGCAAUCAGCCGGCGCAGUGUGGCGAAUACGGCAAUUAUUCCAAAAAGAAGAGACGAUAUCAGUGGCAUCCCAAGCAUCCUCGAGGGAAUGUAUGAGCAGUAUUUUCCGAAUUACGCUCAAAAUGGAAUUGCCAUAGAAAAACGCGCAGACCUUGGGUACAAAGGUUUAUCAUUUCCUCAGAUGGCGAUCGAAAUCGGGAAACUGUGGAGAGAGUUGCCCGAAAACGAAAAGAAAAUCGCCCAGGCACGCGCCAUCCGCGAUCGGGAAGAUUACAAAGUUGCUCUUGCUAAUCCAAUAGCCAGGAAUUGCGAAGCGAAGGUAUCUCAGAGCAUUGUUAGCUCGCCUCAGGAUACCGAAAGAAGUCCAGCAUCGAUCGAAAUUGGCACAGAAAGCCAAUUGAGCAACAGGUUAGGGGAUGACAGGCUGAAUAAUGUGGUAUCGAGCCAAGGGGUUCCCGCGGUCCCUUGCGAAAUGGCAGAACAUAUCUCCGCCGUAUGCGAAUGGUCACUGUCCCAAAAGGAUACACAGAAUCAAAUAGAGCGAACAGAACGCCUUUUUGAUAACGCUACUACGACUUUAAGCAGCUUGGAAGGGAGCAUCGCGGAUUGGAGCGUCGAAUAUGGAGACACUGUGAUUGGGUACAGCGUCUGGCCGGGGGGAAACCAUUACUGA